UUAGACGGUGCUGCUAAUGGUUGGGACGUAAACGAAAUGUUUCGUAAAAAUGAACAAGACUAUGGAGUUCAAACGACAUUUGAGCCUUCCUUGGUUGGUUACACUUUACAACUUCAACGUAAGGAUACAAAGGAUUAUAAGGAACAAGAGCAAAAAGCUACCGAGAUAGCAAACGAGAUCGAAUCUCAACCAAACCACAAAGCUAGAUUAGAAUUAGAAAAUGGUGAUGAAGAGGAAAGAUUUGCAGCUGUGACGAGACCUGCUGAAGGAAAAUAUAUUCCGCCACCGUUAAAAAAGAAAAAUGGCAACACUAAUAAACUGAUGAGAUCCAAUGAGCCUCCAUCUUCACCAGGAACCACAAAUAAUAAGAAUGUCUACAGUCAACCACCUCCGUCCACGGUUAAUGUAAAUGUCUCACAGCAGAGUAUGCCAGUUGGGGUACAAGCUGCUCAUACUUCGGUGCAACAUCCAGUAUCCUUAAAUAUGAACAUGCCGCCCAACGGAGUGGUUGUCACAUACAAUAAUCCACCGCCGCCAUUUGUGCCUCCACCGACGACGCAGUCGCAACAAGUGAUCCAACAGAAUCAACCGCAAGUUACCCCUUCGAUUACGCAAGUAGGCUUUUCGCCGCAAUCAUCGCUACAACAACAACACUCACCACAACAACCGCAACAACAGACACCUCCAAAUAAAAUAAAUACAGAGAAACGUGAGCGACCUGGUAGACAACAGGUUUAUCAAGUUGAUAAAGCACCACCAGCGCCAUUUUCUCAAUCAAACGUUGCAACUUCUCAUCAACAGCAACAGUCUUCACAUCAGCAACAUACGUCAAUGUCGCAACAAAAUUCUGUAGAAGGGCAAAUAGUAAUACACAAGUCAGACCAUAGAAAGGUCCCAACAUCACGUGGAAGAGAAGAACAGCAUUCGGAACUAAGACAAUUCGCUGCGGAAUUCAAAUUGUCAGAAUCGCAAGGACCUCCAGAUACAUCUCAAAUUUCCAGAAAACAUCAACAUCAACAAGAUGUGCAUUCCGCUACUUCGAUAAAUCAGCCACAUCAUCAAGGUUCUCAUCAACAUACAAGUCCACAGCAGCAAUCGCAGCAACAGUCAUCUACGCAGCAACACACUAGUCCUCAUCAAAAUCCCAUAGAAUUAUUUAAAGAUUUGCCUACAUAUCUACGAGAUGCGAACUUUCUCUACAAGAAAGAAAAGAGAUUUAUCUUUUAG